GCUUCAUCCCUUCUUCGCAUUACCAGCUAGACGUUCAAACCACGCAAACUGUGCCAUUUUCAUUUUCAAAACAAUAAUCCCAUAACUUUCCUUUUGUGCGUCAUACAUAAUUUACCCCGUUGUGCAAAUAUUAUUUACUGAAAAACAACGUUACCAACCUUACCAUGAAGCUCAUUUGCACCUUCUCCGUGCUGAUUAUUCUCCUUCUGUAUGAAGAAAUAGGUGCCGCACCGAAACCCGAUUGGAACAAGGUUAUUCAGGACAAAGUUGGCGAGGACGAGGCACAAUCUCAAGUUCCCGUUUGGGCAAGGAAGGCAGGAUUCCGUGUGAAACAGAGACGAGUUUUGUCUGAGAAUUCCCCAGGAGAGGAAAAUGAUGCCAAUGUCGAGACGAAAAAACCAGACGAGAUUAUUAAAGAGACGGAAAUCAGCUUAUCUUCUUCCUCACCAGAUUUGUUGUCAGCUCCUCGUGAUGAAAUUGGCAUUACGAGAUCAGAUUCCAAGAUACAGCAACACCAACCCGCUGCCGGCUUUCCAGAAAUCCUGCCAGAGGACUUCGAGCCGAAACAACGUCGGAAUAAUAAAAAUGAUGGAAUUUCACAAGAAAAGGAAGACCCUGAAGAGAGUCAGGGAGGACAUGGUGGCUACGAAUAUGAGGAGGAACUCAUCCUCGGCCAGCCUCCUGUUUCAGUGCAUCAACAGUUUACAUAUUUAUGUCCCGAAGCAGCAGUCUCGACUCGACGAGUUUUCCAGCCGAGUUUCCAUGUUGGUCAGUGGCCGCGGAAGGUGUGGGGACAAUAA